CUCAGUAAGAGGUUUCCGCAUUGCAAGAUGUCUGGACGUGGAAAAGGUAUCGGAGCCGGCAAAGCCAAAGCGAAGCCGAAGAGUCGCUCCUCCCGGGCAGGACUCCAGUUCCCGGUCGGUCGCGUCCACAGGCUGCUGAGGAAGGGCAACUAUGCGGAGCGUGUGGGUGCCGGCGCCCCCGUCUACCUGGCGGCUGUGCUGGAGUACCUGACUGCUGAGAUCCUGGAGCUGGCUGGAAACGCUGCCCGCGACAACAAGAAGACCCGCAUCAUCCCCCGUCACCUGCAGCUGGCUGUCCGCAACGACGAGGAGCUCAACAAGCUGCUGGGCGGAGUCACCAUCGCUCAGGGCGGCGUGCUGCCCAACAUCCAGGCGGUGCUGCUGCCCAAGAAGAGCGAGAAGGCCGGAAAAGCCAAGUAAAGGAUCCACAUCCUGCAGAGAAUCAACGGCUCUUUUCAGAGCCACACACUCCCAAUGAGCAUCUGUCUGCUACUGACUGAUACAAUAAUAUUAUCACUGGUCAUAUUAACAGAUUAGCUCUACUGAUUAAAGUUAGUGUUUUAUAAGUCCGUAAAUAUAUUAUUUGCAGAAGGUAAAUAAUAUGCAGGUUAUAUCACAUGUACAUUAAGGUGAUUAAAAUAAGCUGUUUGGGUUGGGGCACUGUCUAGGUUAAAUUUUGAAGUGAUGCUUAUAUAAAGGCUGUACCACUGUCCCUUAUAUACAACUAAUAAAAUGAAGACUUUAGAUGUUAGUUAUGAUAAAGACAAACUGCUAAGUAAAAGUUCAUUAAUGCCACUGCAUCAUUAAUAAAUGUGUAUUAAUAUCAGUCAUGAGACAAACAUUGAGCAGGUUUCAGGUAGUUUGGCUCCGCCCACUCAGACUGUCUCCACCUGUCCUCUCUUACGUCCGCAGGUGAGACGGAGUUCUGACUUUGUGACGUUCAGACUCUCAUUGAACUCUAUUUCUCUUCAUAGCUCGAAAACGUUCAUGUCUUCUUGUCAAUACAUUAGUUUUGAGUUGUUUUUUUCAGACAGAGAAAUGAAUCGACAGAUCUUGAUUACUUCUUCAGAAUCGUUUCACUGACAGCGUGUGACGUGCCAACCGGCAGAUUUUGACAGCCGGUUAUUGCGUCACGCCCAAGACAACCGCCAGAUCCGUCGGGCCAGCCACGCCCAUGACGUAACGGCAUGUGGGGGAGAGCCCAACGGACCCACCACCGCCCUGCAGAAUCGAUUUCUACCGCUCUGUGAAACAACAUGUACCCCUCAGAUAAAGAGUUCAGUCCUACUCCUUUAAAUGGUCCAUGUUAUUAUUAUAGACAUAAAUAAUUAACACAACACAUUCAUUUCAUAAGAUUACAGAUUAUGUUUAACAUACAGUAGAAAAACCAAUAAUGUUGUAGAAUUGAAGAUAUUUUGUUGUGUGUGAAUCAAAAAAAUUACAAACUAUAUAGUUGUAGAGAAGAGUGGUAGAAAUAAACUAAUUUCAAAAUAUUAAUAGUAAUAAUAAUAAUAAUAACAGAGGUGGAAAAAGUACUGAAAAAAUGUAAUUGAGUAAAAGUAUCUUUGCUUUGUUUAAAUUCUACUCAGAGUAAAAGUAAAAGUACCCACCUAAAAAUGUACUCAAAUAAAAGUACAAAUUACUUCAUUUAAAAUGUAAUUUGAGUACAAGUUACUUUGUUACUUUCAUUUAUUUAAUGCAAAAAAAAGGAUGAGUCAUGAAUAAAGUUCAGCACAAGUUGUUUUAAUCAACUUUGAACUAAGGAUGUAUUAUUAUAAUACAUUCUUAGUUCAGAAUUAAUCACAUUUCAAUGCCUAUUUUAAUCUGUACAUAAGGUAGAUUGGGAAUGUACAGAUAUAUGUAAAUGUUUUUUCUGCUCAGUAAUAACUUGUUGGUCUGAUUUGUUUCAGGUUGCCACAUAAAUAAAAAUACACUGCCAGAACAAGCACUGUGUUGAAAAUUUGAAGAAAUGUUUAACUGUCACCUGAGAAGAAAUAAAAAUGAUCCAUCAUCCA